CGGGCUGCUUCAUCGUCUUCUGGAGUCGUCUUCUUUCUGGCCUGAACAACAGACACGAAGCGACGAGCACUGCAGAGGAGGAGUGGAGAGAAGAAGACCAGGGGAGAUGGCGCCGCCGUCCCGGUUGCUGCCGCCGACGUUUCAGAUUCUCCACCGCUGCCGCGCCUCCCGCUUCCGCUUCUCCACCGCCUCGUCGCUUGCCUCCCCGCCGUCCAAGGCAGUCAUCUACGACGAGCACGGUGCACCCGACCAGGUGCUGAGGGUGGCGGAUGUGCCGCCGGUGGAGCUCGGGGACCGCGACGUCUGCGUCCGGAUGCUGGCCGCCCCCAUAAACCCCUCCGACAUCAACCGCAUCGAGGGCGUCUACCCCGUCAGGCCCCCGCUCCCAGGCGCCGUGGGAGGUUACGAGGGCGUCGGCCAGGUCCAUGCCCUCGGCCCGGCCGUCACCGCCCCACUCUCUCCCGGCGAUUGGGUCAUACCCUCUCCGCCAUCAUUCGGGACAUGGCAGACGUACAUCGUCAAGCAUGAGAGCGUGUGGCACAAAGUCCACAGCGAUGUGCCCAUGGAAUACGCUGCCACCGUCACAGUCAACCCCUUGACUGCGCUCAGGAUGCUCCACGACUUUGUAAAACUCAAUCCUGGUGAUGCCAUUGUCCAGAAUGGUGCUACCAGCAUUGUCGGCCAGUGUGUCAUUCAGCUUGCCAAAGUACAUGGAAUUCACACCAUCAACAUCAUAAGGGAUAGGACUGGGUCAGAAGAAGCAAAAGAUAAACUCAAACAACUUGGUGCAGAUGAGGUGUUCACAGAAUCUCAGCUAGACAUAAAGAAUAUCAAGAGCUUGCUGGGUGCUUUGCCAGAACCUUCAUUAGGAUUUAACUGCGUUGGAGGAAAUGCUGCUUCUCUGAUACUCAAGUUUUUGAGGCAAGGAGGCACCAUGCUGACAUAUGGUGGAAUGUCCAAGAAACCUGUCACUGUUCCUACUUCAUAUUUCAUUUUUAAGGAUGUUUCCCUGCGAGGAUUUUGGCUACAGAAGUGGAUGAACUCAGAUAAGGCAGAAGAUUGUAGAAGAAUGAUAGACUACCUCUUGGGCCUGGUGCAGGAAGGCAAACUGAAGUACGAGAUGGAGAUGAGUCCCUUUGGUGAAUUCAGUUUGGCUCUGGAGAAGGCCCUCGGCAAACAUGGAAGCCAGCCAAAGCAAGUUCUCCGGUUCUGAGAUGAGGGCAGUGUAUAAGAUGUGGCUAGUGGAUCGUCAGAGUAUAUGUGCCAUUGCUCUCUCUGUAUGAAUAAUCCUAUAUCUUUCUGAUGCGAAAUUAUCCAUCGACAAGCUAUGUCUUCAUUUGGGUUUGACACAAGACUCACUGACUUGGGCUUCAAAAAAAUACUAGAAAAAGGCAGCACAGCAGUAUACAGUUAA